AGCUACCGCACCCAAACACAAUACAAUAUAUUGUAAGGCCUGGUGUUGGUAGUGGGUAUUGGCGUAUGAGCAGUGGGAGCUGGGCCAUCGGGGCAGCGGACACCAUUUUCAUAGCUGGGAUCGCGGCCAAAGGGGGCGAGGACAGCAGUGCAUAGCUGGUGCGGUGGCCAUUGCGGGGACCGGGACAGCAGGGUUUAUAGCUGGGACAGCACUUCGAGGCUGGGACAGCAGGGAGGGUUUAGAGUUUUAGUUUGAUAUGUCUGGAACGGAGGAGGACGCAACUCUGAGCGCGAGGUUGGAUGAGGCGCUACGAGCUAUAGAGGAGGCCAAGGCUGAGACGAAGGAGGCCAAAGCUGAGACGGAGGAGCUUAGGGCAGCACAGCGGCGGUCUGCGGGUGCACCUGCCGGCAGCAGCUCAGGAGGCGACGGUCUAGUUGCUCUUGGAGGGGCUUCAUCUGCACCGGUGAGGCCAAUGUGGCCAGGCGGGGUGAGUCAUGAUGGCGGUACUGGGGUGCCGGGUUUGCCUCUGGGAGGUACAAUUGUCAGAAUUCCUGUGCCUAGAAUCCCGCCUAAUUGCACCGCCGACACUUUUCUCAACUGGCGGAGACGCUUUCUGGCCUACGUGGGCAACCACAAUCUCCAGCACACAAUCUUUGGCAGUGCUGAGGUUCCCGUUGUCAGUUGUCAGGAUGAAGGAUACUUGACACGCCAGUAUGGUGCACAGCUGGUUGUUGAGCACAAGAGGACAUGGAGUUUUAUCUUGGAGGCAGCGGUGGGGGCCCCAUUUGAGAACAACCUGUACUCUUGCCAUUCCGUGGCAGAGGCGUGGAGGAUGAUGGAGGAUUGGUAUUUGCCGAACCACCCAGCUGAUUGUCAGCUCCUCGUCGCCGAGCUAGACAAUAUAACCAUGAGUGAUGAUGAGGACCUCAAGCUUUUCUUCUCGCGCGUCGCACAACUGGAGACCAAGUUACGGGCUGUGGGCAUUGCUAAGAGUGACCAGGAAGUUGUGCAGAUCCUUGUGCGCCAACUCCCCGCACGCUGCGAUGUCGAGAAGCGCAUAGUCUUUCCAAGCGUGAUUUAUCCCGCGCUGAGUUGCAGGACAUCGUGCGUGGUCGAUAUGCCACGCUCAAGGCCAGCGAGAUGA